CCCAUAUAAUUAAUUGCUUUCAUUAUUGAUUUCACAGCCAAUCCCUUUCAUAUUCUAUUUAAGUACGUUGGUUUAUUUCUUUUUUCUUCGCUUGAAAUCACAAUAUAGAAAACAUGGCAGCUCACUCUACCAAAGCAUGGUCAGAUUCUGAAGCUGCUGCUAGUGCUGGUGAAGAUAUCUUCACCCUCCCUUCUCUAGAUUGCAGUGGGUUUUCGGGGUACGAUUCGAGUACCUAUGGUAUACCAUUACCAGACAAUAACGAUUCUUUUUCUUGGGAUGAUCUGGUUCCAAGGCCAAGCAGUCCUGUCAAAGAUGAGUUUUUUUGUGGUCCUCUGGUUCCUCGUGGAAGUGGAUUAGGGGAAUGGAAAGAUGAUGAGAUGAUGGAUAUUUUUCGCGGUCAAGGCCAGGUGCAACAACCUUUACUAUUGUGUGACAAAAGUAUGGUGGUGAAUGGAGAGGAGGAACAAUACAAGGCUAGAAGUUGCAGAUCUGCCGUGGGAAAACAGAAAGGGUGUGGAAGUUCUUCGAAGAUGUUAACGAGAGAAGAGAUAUCAGGGUACUUCUACAUGCCCAUUACACAGGCAGCCAUGGAGAUGAAUGUCGGUUUGACAUAUCUUAAGAGAAGGUGCAGAGACCUCGGCAUUAGAAGAUGGCCACACCGGAAGCUAAUGAGCCUCCAAUCGCUCAUUAACAAUGUCCAGGAAAUAGGGAAUCGAGAAGGAGAUGCAGCCAACAAUGAGAAGCUGAAGGAAGCAAUUGAGCUACUGGAGCAAGAGCAAAGGCGGAUAGAAGCAGAACCAGAUGUUAAACUGGAGGACAAAACAAAGAGGCUCCGACAGGCUUGUUUCAAGGCCAAUUACAAGAAGAGAAAGUCUGCCAUCAAUGUUGGACAAGAAGAUCUGCUGAUGCUCACAGAUGAUAACAGUAGCAGCCGUACUUACUCUCCUGCUGAUGAUCGAUCUUCUUCCAGCAGCACUGGCCGUUACAUCGGUGCAGACUUUACAAGUGAUCAUUUGACAUUCCCGGGGGAUCUCAAUGUCGAUGACUUGGAGAUGGAAUCACUCUUUCUGGAUUCUGAGGCAUCUCCUACAAACACAAGUUACUGAGGAUCCCGGACUACCUUAGCAUUACAUAUCGUCGAAAUGAAAUGAUGUGAAAUCUGCAACAUGGUAACUUCUACAUGUACCCGAAAUCCAGUUGUAUCCCAAGUAAUUUUCUGAUAUGAACUGCAGAGCCAGUAAUGAUUCAAUACAGUGGUCUCAGUACCAUAAAUCAAGAACAUCAUAUUUUGUCAAAUAAAAACAGACUUUCUCAUCAG